UUUUGAUAAUCAAUAUAAUCAUCAUUAUUAUUAUUUGUGUAAGUCAAUAAUGAACACUGGUGGUGGUGGUGGUGGUCGUAGAAUGGCAACAAAUAUUAACGGUGUACGACAAAAUGCUCAAAAUAAUUCCAAAAAAUUCAUUAGCUCAUGGCGUCGUUUGAAACAAGAUUAUAUGAUGAUAAUGAAAGAUCCAGUACCAUACGUUACUGUAGCACCGUUACAAAAUGACAUUCUUGAAUGGCACUAUGUGAUUCGUGGACCAGAAAAUACUGUAUACAAUGGCGGCAUUUAUCAUGGAAAACUCAAAUUUCCUAUCGAAUAUCCGUUUCGACCACCAUCGAUUUAUAUGAUAACACCGAGUGGCCGUUUCAAGACUAACACUAGAUUAUGUUUAAGUUUUUCGGAUUUUCAUCCUGAUUCCUGGAAUCCAACAUGGAGCCUUUCGACAAUUCUUACCGGUUUAUUGAGCUUCAUGUUGGAAGAACAUAAUGCAGUUGGUUCGUUACAAGCAUCGGACAGUGUUCGCCGAAUAUAUGCCAAGAAAAGCCUGCAAUUCAAUCUCAAUGAUGCCACAUUUGUUGAACUUUUUCCCGAUAUUGCCGAUGAAAUUGAAUGCGAAUUGGAACGUAUAAAAACGUUGGAAGCAGCGAACCAAAAAAACAGCAACAAGAAUAAUAAUGAUAAAUCAUCGAAAGAUUCUACAAACAACAAUGGUUCAAAUGAACGACAAUCUGAAUAUGAUCGUUUCAAUCGUUUUGUAUGGUCAUGUGUUUAUAAUUUGAUUGCAUUAUUCAUAGUGAUCUUAUUCGCUUACAUUGUACAAUGGGUACUAUCCGAAUAUAAUCAAUGAUCAUCAUCAUCAUCAUCAUCAUCAUCACCACCACAAAUUUGUUAUCGUUCAAUUAUAGUAAGAAUCUUUUUAUUGAUCAUUCUGAUGAAAUGUAUAAUGGUUUUGUUAAAUAAUU